UUUUUGUGUUUGCGGAUUGGAAAGUUUCCCGUUUAUUGUUUAGGGUUAUGUUUACAUGUUUUUGCUAAAUAAGAAAAAUGUUUGAAGCUCAAGAAGUAAAUGCAGAGCACAAAGACUUAAUACACGAUGUUGCAUACGAUUUUUAUGGCGAGCGAAUGGCGACAUGUUCGAGCGAUCAAUACGUUAAGGUGUGGGAUCAAAAUAGCGAAGGCAAGUGGAAUUUAACGUCCAGCUGGAAGGCGCACAGCGGCUCAGUGUGGAAAGUAACUUGGGCGCAUCCCGAAUUCGGCCAGGUUCUAGCGACCUGCUCGUUUGAUCGAACGGCCGCCGUCUGGGAGGAGUUAGUUGGUGAAACGCCCGGCCCGGGGGAGAGAGGUACGCGUCAUUGGGUGCGGAGAACGAAUCUGGUCGACUCACGCACGUCUGUUACGGAUGUGAAGUUUGGACCGAGAACGCAGGGGCUACAGCUUGCAACUUGCUCAGCUGACGGUGUUAUUAGAAUUUAUGAAGCGCCCGAUGUUAUGAAUUUAAGCCAGUGGACUCUACAGCACGAGAUCCAAUGUAAAUUAUCGUGCAGUUGUCUAACCUGGAAUCCCAGCUUAUCAAAGAAUCAUCCUUUGAUGCUGGCCGUGGGAAGUGAUGAUACCAACUUGUCAGCAGGCGGGAAAGUCUUCAUAUACGAAUACAGCGACAACAUAAGGCGGUGGAUCAAGACUGAUACAAUAGCAAGCGUUACAGAUCCCGUUCAUGACAUUGCAUUCUCCCCCAAUCUAGGACGUAGUUUUCAUUUAUUAGCCAUUGCAACUAAAGACGUUAGGAUCAUUAGUUUGGCUCCCAUUCCUGAUAACGCUAACACCCAAAGUGGACUGAACAAGCUUGACAUACAAACAGCAGCACAAUUCGAUGAUCACGGUUGUAUGGUGUGGAGAGUGUGUUGGAAUAUUACCGGCACAAUUUUGGCAUCAAGUGGAGAUGAUGGUUGUGUUCGUAUGUUUAAAAUGAACUACAUCAACGCUUGGAAGCCAGUUGCAGUAUUAAAAGGUGACGGCUCGCAUAUUAGCAAUGAAGGCCAUCGCUCAUCGGUCUCUUCCGCUGCAAGUCUACCUACUCCUCCAAUGGCCGCUGUCUCUCAAACUGCAAGGUAUAUCAAGCUUGGUACCAUCUCACAGUCACGAGAAGCUCCAUGGCAUUAGCGGUGUCUUGAAAUUAUUUCUGGUAAAUUUGAUUAAUGCCCGUGCCAUAAAAAGGCCUAAAUAUACUAGACCAAAGUCCAAUUUACCAGCUAAGUUAAAAAAUGUUGCAUAUUUUAUAGUUCACCAUACAGUUUUGUAAGAAGUAAUGAAUAAACAGUUAAUUUUAA